AUGAACCCAGCCCCUUCGGGCACGCGACCCGCGGCACCAAUCCCUUCGUGACUCGCUCGACAAUUGUACGGCCCAUCCAGAUUCCUCACCACACCACAAAACCCAAACGCCUCUUCGUCUUCGCAGCUCGUCAGUUCUCGAUCGCUGAGGGUGGAGAGCUGCUUCUUCGCGGGCUCUUGCGUGUGGCGGAUAUGUCGAGCGACGCGUGCGCCACCUCCGGCGAUGGUUCCUCCGCCGCGGCGGGCGGCUUCUCCGGCGGGGCGGGGGAGUUCAUGCUCUUCGGGGUCAGGGUGGUGGUGGAUUCUAUGAGGAAGAGCGUGAGCCUGAACAACCUGUCGCAGUACGAGCAGCCUCAGGACGCGAUCCCCAGCGGCGACGGUAAGGGAAGUGGAGGCAAGGACGACGCGGCCGCCUCUGGCUACGCGUCCGCCGACGACGCCGUCGCCGUGCACGGCUCGAAGGGCGGAGCGGGCCGGGAGCGCAAGCGAGGAGUUCCAUGGACAGAGGACGAACAUAGGCUGUUCCUGCUCGGAUUGCAGAAUGUAGGAAAGGGUGAUUGGAGAGGCAUUUCGAAGAAAUUUGUGAAAACACGAACACCGACACAGGUUGCAAGUCAUGCCCAGAAAUACUUUCUUCGUCGGAGCAACCUCAAUCGCCGUCGCCGCCGGACUAGCCUGUUUGAUAUCACCACUGAUACAGUUACUGCUGGUACACUGAUGGAAGAGCAGGCUCCUCCAGUAGAUGUUGCGUCUGAGUCGUAUCCUUCUCCACCAACACCAGCAGCGCCACUAGAAACCAGUAACAUCUCAGGUUUCUCGAUGAUGCCGGCGCCUGUGGCAUUUACACCUAUUGUUUUGCCAGUGCCAGUAGAGAAUCCGGUUGAAAAUCUGAGCCUUGGAAGGGGCGAACAAUUCGUAAACUCUCCAGCGAAGCUAGUGCGCCCGGUUCCCGUUCUUCCAGCACCUCAUGCUCCAGUUAUCCAUGAUCUCAACUUAUCUCUGAUGCCCCCAAAGGACCAUUCGCACCUGUCACUGAAUCCCGCGUCGCCUUUGGACCAAAGCGAGUCGUCGAGGAGACAUUCGGCUUUCCAGAUGACCCAGAGCUUCAGCAAGGGGGACAACAUGAUUAGCGUCGCAUGAGAGCUUCUGAGCUUCCGGGCCUCCGGGUGGUGUCAUAAAAGGUGUUAUCUAUAAAGCCUUGGGAAAGCUUAGGUUAGAGAAGCUAGGGUCGUCAUUGGUCUUGUACAGACAACGGGGAAGAUGAUCGUGUCUUUUUCGUGUUGUUGACGUUGUUCGGGUCAUUUUGUCUGUCGGUCUAUCUGUAAUCUGGUGAGCUCAAACUGAACUAACAAAACCUCUCCGUUCAUUGCCCGUUUUAUUAAUCGGUGGGGUCUGAUUUC